AACUUCUUGCCUUUUGGGAAUCAAUCUAAAUCUUUUUAACUACUCCGUAUUUCAACUUUUUUUUUUUUACUUUUGAAAACGGGGGUAAAUUUUGCAAACCAGGUAAAAAGGUAAAAAAAAAUAAGAAAAAAUUAGGGCAAACAAAAUUAAUAAAAAGCUGAAACAAAGCAGGGUGUUUCCUUAGACUUUACAGCCUCCCCCAGCUUGCUUGGAGAAAACUCUAGAGUUGACUGCAAGCGGGCGAAGAAGAAGAGCCGCUCACCUUUCAUCAUUCUUUCUCUAAUUUUCCUGGUGAAAUCUUCAUAACCCACAUGCGAAUUCAGGUUUGACUACAUUUUGAUGCUAUGCUUCGAGCCAAGCAGAUCACUAACUUUUCCAAUUGUGCUAGAUCCAUAUUGUAUAGUGGGUCAAGAUGUAGUACAGAUGGGAGCUCAUGUUCAUGCCCUGAUGAUGAUAAAUGUGGUUCAAGGAGACAGACUACAUUGCUUCGGCCAAAACCAUCAGCCGUAGUGUCUUUACCUACUGCAAGGGUUGAAUCUAUAGUCUCAAAGGAUGCUGGGAAAACUUCUCAAAACCCAGAAAAGGUCAACUGCUCAACUUCUCGCCCACAAGUUGUCUCUCUUUCAAGUGCUUUAGGGAAACAAGACUGUGCAAGUUAUUCCACCAGUGUUAAUUCUGAUCAGAAUGACGUGACACAGUCGUCAGCUCACAUAACAGACCAGUUGGUUAAAGUAGGUAUUGCUGCAGUGGGUUUUAUAUCGGAUGUAGUAAAUUAUAAGAUUCCUCUGACAGAUGGAAGUGAAACGGCUUCUUCUGCUCAAACGUACAUGGUUGGUCAUAGUAGACCCAGAUCAACUGUCAAACCAUCAACUGUACAAUCUGUAAAGAGAGACGAUUUUUAUGUACAUGAGAAACCUUCUUCAAGAGAGGAGACUACUUCUAGUCCCUCAGUGAGUUAUCAGGGUCCCAAAGGUAAAACCGAUAAUCAUGGGCCCGCAGAAACUUUGAGCCAUGAGACUAGUAGAAAGGUAGGAGGUUCAGUAGGAACUCAGGGUAUAAAAUCAGAUAAGAAUAGCUAUAUAGCAACCCAGGGUAUAGCAUCAGAAAAGAAAAGUUACAUAGGAACUCAGAGUGUUUCAUCUGAAAAGAAGAAUUUUUGUUCUCAGAAACCCAAAGCAUAUACGAAUAGCCCUAAUAUACAGGCUUCAAAACCUAAGUUUACUGGCAGAAAUCCUCAUUAUGUCAAUAAUUAUGCAAGGGAUUUUAAAUCUCAGGCGGGAACAGCUCCUUUUGGUAGACAGUAUGUGAGCACUGGACAAGUUAAUACUGUUUUAGAAAUAUUGAAAAGGCUGAAAUGGGGUCCUACAGCAGAAGUUGCACUUGAGAAUCUCAAUUUCUCGAUGGAUGCUUAUCAAGCAAAUCAAGUUCUGAAGCAGAUUCCAGACUACGUUGCUGCACUUGGCUUCUUCUACUGGUUGAAACGGGGAGUAGGUUUUAAGCAUGAUGGACAUACAUAUACAACUAUGGUGGGCAUCUUAGGUCGGGCCAAACAGUUUGAUGCAAUUAAUGUCUUGCUUGAUCAGAUGGUCAGAGAUGGAUGUGAACCGAACGUAGUGACUUACAACCGUCUGAUUCAUAGCUAUGGACGUGCGAACUAUCUCAAUGACGCAGUUGGUGUUUUCCACCAAAUGCAGAAAGCUGGCUGUGAACCUGACCGAGUCACCUAUUGCACACUUAUCGAUAUUCAUGCGAAAUCAGGUUAUCUCGAUGUUGCCUUGCACAUGUAUCAGAGGAUGCAGGAGGCAGGCCUUUCUCCCGACACAUUUACUUACAGUGUUAUGAUCAACUGCUUAGGAAAAGCUGGUCAUUUGUCUGCUGCUCACAAGCUGUUCUGUGAGAUGGUUGAUUCAGGUUGUAUCCCAAAUCUUGUUACGUACAACAUCAUGAUUGCCUUGCAAGCCAAGGCAAGAAACUACCCUGUUGCCCUGCAGAUUUACCGUGACAUGAAAAACGCAGGGUACGAGCCCGACAAAGUCACAUACAGUAUAGUGAUGGAAGUGCUAGGACAUUGUGGAUAUCUCGAGGAGGCAGAAGCAAUAUUUUUUGAGAUGAAGAGUAAGAAGUGGGUUCCUGACGAGCCUGUUUACGGACUUCUUGUGGACUUAUGGGGUAAAGCUGGGAAUGCUGAAAAGGCCCUGCAAUGGUAUCAAGCAAUGCUGCAAGCAGGCUUGUAUCCUAAUGUGCCAACCUGUAACUCUCUACUUAGUGCUUUUCUUCGAGUUCACAGACUCUCAGAUGCUUAUAAUGUGCUCUUAGGCAUGGUGAACAUGGGACUUAGUCCUUCACUGCAAACUUACACUUUGCUCCUCAGUUGCUGCACGGAAGCUAAAACAUCCUUCAAUAUGGGCUUUUGUGGGCAACUUAUGUCCAUAACGGGCCAUCCAGCCCAUGUUUUUCUGCUGAAUAUGCCAGCAUCAGGGCCUGAUGGACAGAAUGUUCGGGACCACGUAGGAAGGUUCCUGGAUGUGAUGCACAGUGAAGACAGGGAAAGCAAACGGGGGCUGAUUGAUGCCGUGGUGGAUUUUCUUCACAAGUCAGGCUUGAAGGAGGAGGCUGGUUCUGUGUGGGAGGUAGCAGCUAUGAAGAAUGUGUACCCUGAUGCCGUGAGGGAGAAAAGCUCUUGCUAUUGGCUAAUCAACUUGCACGUCAUGUCAGAUGGAACGGCAGUGACUGCCCUUUCUAGGACACUUGCUUGGUUCCGCCGCCAGCUUCUGAUGUCAGGGGUGGGUCCCACCAGAAUCGACAUUGUGACUGGGUGGGGUCGACGGAGCAAGGUGACAGGAGCAUCAUUGGUAAGGCAGUCUGUUCAGGAGCUGCUUGAUAUGUUUAGCUUUCCAUUCUUUACUGAAAAUGGAAAUUCUGGGUGCUUUGUGGGAUGCGGUGAGCCCCUCAACAGAUGGUUGCAGCAGUCAUGUGUUGAGCGGAUGCACUUGCUCUAGGCUCUAGCAACCGUUCUACAUUGUAGGUUAGUUGCAUUUUUGUGGCGGCUAGAGCAACUAGCAGUAUUGCCGAGUAAAAUAAAUUGGUGUGUUCAGCUAUGGCUUGUAUGUACUGUAGUAAUUUAGCCUUAGGUGCCUAGUUUUUUCGUCCUUAAGUUACUCUGUUAGCUGCAAAUUUUGCUAGGCAUUUUGAAGUGUGGUUCUAUCAGUAGUUAUUCGGGUUUUAAUAGCUUGUCAUGGCUGAGUGCUGAGUCGGGUGUAUGCAGGCGGGCAUUAUUUAAUUUAAUUCAGGUUUUGUAAAGCUAUGCAGAUUUUAUCAUUGUACUAUGGAAGAUUUCAGGAAGGAAUGUGUUAUUCUACUAA